AAGCAGUCGAUAACACUACCAGAAGACAGUUCGUCAUAGAAUUUGGAUUUCCUUUGUCAUUAAUAACGUUGGAAUAAUAAAAAGAGCGGUUUAAUUUAAAACAGCGACUAUAUAUAUUACAAUUAAAUAGAUACGCCCAAAAAAGAUAUGGCUGUUAACGUAUACUCCACAAAUGUGACGUCAGAGAAUCUGUCGAGGCACGACAUGUUGGCCUGGGUGAACGAUUGCCUGGCGUCGCAAUUCUCCAAAAUUGAGGAACUCUGCACGGGCGCUGCCUACUGUCAGUUCAUGGACAUGCUGUUCCCAAAUUCAGUGCCCAUCAAGCGUGUUAAAUUCCGCACAAAUCUGGAGCAUGAGUACAUACAGAACUUCAAGAUCUUGCAGGCGGGCUUUAAAAAGAUGUCAGUUGACAAGAUAAUACCAGUUGAUAAACUUAUUAAGGGUCGUUUUCAAGACAAUUUUGAAUUUCUACAAUGGUUCAAGAAGUUUUUCGAUGCCAAUUAUGAUGGACAGGAAUAUGAUCCACUGGCGCAGCGGAAUCACGUGAAGCUGGGCAGCGGCGGACCCGGCAGUCACACUGGCAGCGGCGUUGGCAGCAGCAUCAAUGAAUUGCACACGAUGCACCGACAGAAGCUCAUCUCCUCCCAUUCCCAUUCCCAGCAACAGCAGCACCAGCACUCAUCGCAUGCGCAGUCGACAGUCAGCAAUGGGCGCAGCAGUACGAUGCGCAGUAGAACGGGUAUGGGAUCGCUGCAGAAUAUUGUCGAUGGUUUUGAAAAUGUUCAUAAUGCAAGAGAAGCUGUUGACGGUGAUGGUCGCUUAGUUUCUAAGGUACCGCCACGGACAAACAAUGCGACGCCGCCGAAUCGAAUGACGGCGGGAACAACGGGAGCUGUUAAGAAGAACGAUGCGGUGACCGCGCAAACGAAUCAACAGAUCGAAGAGCUGUCCAAUCAGGUUCGUCCUGAAGUAGAAAUAAUGGAUAUGCGUCUGAAUCUCGAGGGCUUGGAGAAGGAGCGCGAUUUCUAUUUCUCCAAACUGCGCGAUAUUGAAAUACUUUGCCAGGAAGCCGAUGAGGCUGAACCAGGUCAGUUAGUUCAAAAGAUUUUGGACAUUCUGUACGCAACUGAGGAUGGCUUUGCGCCACCAGACGACGCACCACCAGAGGACGAAGAAUACUAAAUAUAGUCA